CCCGAUGUUAGUAUUGACUUUUUUGGUGUUCAAGAAAGUACUUUUCUCUGUUUUUUUCCCACGAAAAAGGCAAUUUUCUUGAUUCUUGCGUAAAACCACCCACUUGUGAGGAUAGUCAAAGGGUUCAGUGAUACCUAUCAAGUGAAAAUAUCAAUCAGUGUGCCACGGAAAUUGUGUAAAAAGCAAAAAUAAAAUGGAUACAGCUGGAGCUUAUGGUGGUUCCAAAGCUGGUGCCGCUUUUGAUCCCAUCACCUUCGUUCAGAGACCCCAAGUCAUCCUUAGGGCAGUCUGUUGGCUGUUCGCCAUCAUUGUCUUCGGCUGUAUUUCAUCCCAAGGAUGGCGAGUAGAUGAGGCUGGGAAGGAUUAUUGCUUGUACAAUGGAGACUCGAAUGCCUGCAAUUAUGGCGUUGGGAUUGGAGUGAUUGCCUUCCUGGCUUCCAUGGGUUUCAUCGUGGGCGAGUACCUGUUUGAGCAGAUGUCCUCCGUAAAAACGCGCAAACACUAUGUCCUGGGAGACAUGGCAUUCUCCGCCUUUUGGUCUUUUCUCUACUUCAUCGGCUUCUGCUAUCUGGCCAAUCAGUGGGGCAAGGCUGAGGAACCGCCAAUGGGCUACGGUGUCAACAAUGUUCAGGCCGCAAUAGCCUUCUCCUUCUUCUCUAUUCUCACUUGGGCGGGUUGCGCUUUCUUUGCAUAUCAACGAUUCAAACAGGGUGUCGAUGCUUCCUUUGCCUCUUAUGAUGCUGAUCCCACUGGAGCUAAUGCCUACUCGAGCUACCCUGUUGGCAAUGAUGCGGAUCAGUACCAUGAGCCCCCAUUUUCCGGACAACAGCAGCGCGGCACGAAUGAAUUCCAAGCUCCAACGUAUUAAAAUGGGGACAGUGGGUGGUAUACAUAAGAGUCUCUUGAGGAAUUUCUCUGCCUAAGUGAAUUCUUCGAGAUGUUUUUGAUUGCACAGACUCUAACGGAGACAGAAUUGUGUAUUAAAAAGAUAAAGUUGACGAGAGAAUUUAUAUAGAGAAUUGUAAAAAAAAAAAAAGAUUUGAGAGAACUUAACCAUCUUUGCAAAUUGGGAGAAUUGCAAAAGAAAAACUCAAAGGAAAAAAAAAAAAAACAUAAAUAUUGUGGGGAGAUACUUUAAACGAAUUGAUGGUGUUAAUGUUAAUGCAUAAAAAAAAUUAAUAUAAACAUGAAAAAAAGUAAUAGAAAGAGAAUAUAAGAUUUAUUGUUGUUUGCUGAAAACAUUGAAGAAAAAGAAAAAGACAAAAUUAAUCGAUAGGUAUUUAACAAAAAAAAAAAGAUGAAGAAAUUUUCUUUCCAUUUAAACCUCCUUUUUUCCCAAUAAUAAAUAGCAAUGAUGGAACUUUUCUAAAAGGAAGAACAGAAAAAAAGUGAAAAUUUUUAAGGACUCUUGAGGGGAAUUUAUAUGAAUUGAAUCAUAUCGUUGAGGUCCGCAUUUUAGCGGCAUUUCGCUCAAAAAAAAUGAGAGAGACAUUCCCAUCGGUGUUGAUUUUUUCAUGGACCAAAAGGGAAAAAGAAAAAACUAAUUUAACCUCCAAAAAUUUUGAUAUCAUUCCCUUCCCCAACGUUUUUUAUUUCACUUCUCCCCACCCCUUUUCUACCGACUGUUUUGUACUCAAAAAAAAAAAGAAAAUUGCAAAAAAUUAAGAAAAAAGUACUUUAUAGAGAUCUAUCGGAAUAAUCAGUAUUUUUGCGUCGUGCAAUUUUUCUCCAAUUAAAAUUCAAAAUAAUUUUGUUUUCAUUGUGCAAACACAAAAUAAUAAGGAAAAAAAUGCAAUAAAAGACGAUAAGACAUGUUAAAUGUAUUGAAAAGACACUCUGCUUUAUAGAAAAGAAAAUAAGAAAAGAGUAAUAAAAGAGAUAGUUUUAUCUCAAUAUUUAUAAAAAAAAAGAAAAUAAAACUACAAGAAUAUUAAAAUUCUAAGGUUAUUGUUUAAAAAAAAAGAGGAAACAUGCGAGAGGAGUAGCGUUAAAAGAGAUAGAACAAAACAGAACAUAUAUAUAUAUAUAUAUUUAGAUGACGGUGAAAAGUCAUAAAAAGCGUUAAUAUUUCAUUAAAAAAAAUCUAGUCGCUAAAAAAUAAAUAUGUAUAAGUUGAAAAGUUUGAAAAAUAUCAGGUUUUUUCCGGUCACAGAGCUAAUUUUCUGUAUAUAAAUAUUUUUAUGGGGUCCAUAAUUCAGAAGUAGGAUCUGAAUCAAUUGCAAUUUGAGGUUAUGAUAUAACCUCAAACGGGAGAUCAUAACAUAACAAGUACUUUGGAAAUUUAAUGCAAAAUGCGAUUUCCUCGGUAAUUCAAAAAUCUGUAAUCUUAUUUUCCAAAUUCAAUAAAUAACUUCAAAGACAUUUUUGCCGAGAUUUGUUGACUUUUUAUGGUUUCUGAAUUGAAAGAUUUUUAUCAAGUUCUUCGGCGUGGUUUGAUCAAAAAACUCUUCUAGAGGGCAGAUUAGAGUAUUAUGUAAUCUAUCAACUUGAAACAUAUAGAGAAAUACGUAUUUAAUUUCAAUAAAACACUUAAUUUCAUCCCAUUCUAUAAAUUGGCGAGAGCUUGAAAAUUAAUGGAAUUAAUUUUUUUAGACCCAUUAAAUUUUAAUUAAUAGGUUAUGUAAUUUUAAGUUUAUCUUAACUUUAUCUUGAGGUUUAGCUUAGAGAAAUGGUAAGCUUUUCGACAAUUUUCGUAGCAACGCGUUGCGUGAAAAGGAGCAAAUCAUAAAUAUCAUUUUUUGAGAAAAUUUUAAAUCCAGAUGCACAUAACCUUACCAACAGAACCUCUUGAACGCUAUGAAUAAACUAAUAAAAUUCCAAAUUAAACAUCAAUCUUUUAGCGGCUUUCAGUUAAAUUUAGAAUAAAUAAUAUUUUAUCAGAAAUCCCAAAGUUAUCUGUGAAAGGACACCAUACGCUCUGGCGGAAAUCCUCCGAAGUAUUUUUUAGAACUAAUGUUUUUGGGUACUAAAGACAUUAUCAAUUUGUCAUUCAUUCUUCUUCAAGACCUCGCGCGAUCAUCAGGAGCAAAAAUUUAAAAAAAUCUGCAAUUAUCUUUUGAAUUUAAUUAUCAUUUGUUUUUUAAAGGUUGUGUAAAAGAAAGAUUAAUUAAUUGUCUCGUGAAUAAAAAAAUUAUAUCAGGAAAACGGAUCCUUUUUCGCCGGAUAAAGAUUAAUUUCUCAGUCUCUACAUUCAGGUAUCUGGAUUGGUUAUUCUGUGAGAAGUAUCACGGGAUUCUUUACUUAUCACAGAUUUAAUUAUAUGUAGUUAGGUACAGGGAGUUCUAGCUUGAGAGAAAAAGGACUGAAAGAAUUUGUUAUAAAUUGCUUACUAUUGGGAGCUAUUCCAUAACUUAUCCCAAAGAUAUCUCCUGCAAAUAUGCAAUUUUACUCUGUCAUUGGAGUUAAUUUGCGGGCCUCUUUUCGGUCCAGAGAAAUUCCUUCAAAGCGGAACUCCCUGUAAUUCAUAACAAUUAUCCGUUAUUUUUAAUCAUAUCGGGAUUUAUUUAUUAUAAUUCAAUCAUAUUGUCGUAUACACCGUUUUGGAAGAAUCUGUUGAUCGUAGAUCGGACAGGAGUACCUCCCUGAGUUUUUGGGCAUAGGCUGUACGUUUUUAGUACUUUAUAUCACAGUGAAAAUGUCUUUUCUAGACUAGAGGUGUGCAAGAACCGUUGAAACCGAAUAAACGUCAAAAUUGUUCAAGUAUAGCGUUUUGACCACUGACGUACAAGUUUCUUUUGACGUUUUUUCGGUUUCAAACGGUUCUUGCACACCUCUGUUCUAGACAUUCAGAGGUCCGAUUUUUGAAACUUGCUCGCACCCGUAAACUUUUUAUUGGCCGUAAGAAGUUGACUCGCAUACCUCGCAGAUUCUUAUAAUUGAGUCGUUACAGACGGAUUUCAAUCUGCGGGGUGUGCGAGUCAAUUUCUCUCGAUUACUAAAGAGCUGACGGGUGCGAAUAAGGGUGAUAAAAAUUAGUCCUAAGAUCUUUGCACCGGGUGGGACUCGAACUCACAACUGAGAGAGUUUCAAUUGAACGAAAAAGCCUGAUACUUUUCGAUUAAUGAGUUAAUUUGUAAAAUUGACAUUUUAAUAUUGUAAGAUAGGUGAAAAUUGUGGAGAAGUUUUACUGGGAAUUUUUGGGGCAAAAAUUUCACCAAAAAAACAAAAACAAAAAAAAAAACUUAAUCAUUAAAUUAUUCUAUUAUUGAGUUUGAUGUUUAUUUUUUGAAGCAUUUCAGGAAUUCUUAUGGCCUGCACACAAUAACUUUUGUUUUGUAAACAUGGAUUUUUUGAUAUUUCAAAGAGUGAGAAAGAGAGAGAAUGAAUCUUGAUCUAGUCAUCUCGCUCACUCUCAUAGGCAAUUUCGAAAACAUGUUCACAAAACAAGAAUAAUUUUGUGUUGCUCAUCACAAAUAGAGAUACCAUAUAGAAUUUAUUUUUCUCGAAUAUCUUUUACAUGAAGUGAAAUGUAGAACAAUAACUAAAAGAAAAAAAAAAAAUGAACUAAAAGUAUAAAAUUUCACCCACCAAACACUUUUUAGAGACAUUUAUCCCCCUUUUCUGUGUUUUCCUGCUUUUCCGCCCUUGCAAAACAAUUGCUAAAUUGUGCAAAAUAAAAGUCGCGAAAAGCCUCACAUACAAAAUAAUUGUACUAUAUGUGUUCCCUCAAAGUUACAAAAGAAAAAGAGAAAGUAGAAUUGUAUUUAGGAUAUUUAGUGAGAAAAUCACGAGUCAUUUAAAAUAUGCAAAAAAAAAACAAAAUGCUUAGAAUUCAGCGAAAGAAUAAUUACUUAACAAAUAUUAUUAUUAAAAAAAAAAGACUUUUAGUUAGUUGCAUUAUUCAAUAUUAUAAAUAAACUUUUAUUUCUUUUUGUGAUACACAACACCUUGUUGAUAUUUUCACUGUUUUAAAUUUUACUUAUUUAAUUAAUUAAUAUUAAUUCCCUUUGCCACUGAGAUUCUCCGUUUGUUGCUUGCCAGACACGAGCAAAUUGAGCCAUUUCGGUUUGAAAGUUUUGUUUUUUAAAAUAAAAAAGAGGUAUAAAUAAUGAGAAAGACGAAAAUACAGCCCAACAGGAUGAAACACUCAUGCCAAAAUUAUAUACAAUAAAUAAAACUGUUUUAGAAUGUACAAGAAGAUGGAAAAAAUAUAAAAUAAAAUCUUCCCACCCUUUUCUAAACUGUGGGAUGAUUUCUGUGGGAGAGGCUUUUGUCUAGUGGAUUGAGAGGAUCAGAGAGAUGACACACUCACACAGUAUUUUUGUGGUAAAAGAUCAAGAUUAUUGAUACACUCAAAAAAAAAAAGAAAGAAACACUUUAGAUUUGCAGAGAAAAAUAGCGCAAAAAAAGGGUUCUCUCUCGUGCGAAACUGUGGCAAUUGGUGGUGCAGAGGAGAUACCAGAAACUAUGUACGUUUAUAAAUAACUUAUUGUGAAUAAUAAAGUAUAUUCCCUCGAUGGUAAGACA